GCUGGGCGUAGCAGGAAGUGAUGAUGUUAAUUUUUCUGGCAUAACUACGUAGCGAGGCCACAUGCACCAUUUUCGCUGUUAUUGUAACUCAAUAAUCAUGGAUUGCUUAGGUUAAACGUAGCCGCAGAGACCAGACGACACUUUUCUGACAAGAUUUUGAAACACUAUCGACGAUAAAGCACAUACGUUGACUGACAAACAGUCUAGACAAACCUAAUAAUGGACAGCGGACUGACAGUAGUUACUAGUCCCUUUGUGAAUGUGCGCCUAACAAGCACCAUCUCCGGCUUUGAGGUGCUGCGCAAGUUCAACAGGGGGAUUACUGUCGCAGAAAUGAAGGGAAAUCUGGAGAUGAUUGUGGGCGCACCUGCCUCCGGCAUGGACUUGGAGUUGUACAGUGCCUCUGACAAAUUCCUCCUGAACAUGGAUAACAAUGAAGCUUUGGUUGGUUCCUACCCCGUCGAUGAUGGCUGCAGGAUACACGUUAUUGAUAGGAGUGGAGGUCAGUUGGGCGAGUUCACUGACCUUUCCAAAGUGGAGAAAUUUGAGCUGUCAGACGAAGCUUACGAGAAGAAAAGAGACACCGUAAGGUCACUCAUGAAGGAACAGCGCGUUGGUCGCUUCAAUGAGGAGGAGAUGGCCAAGAAAAAAGCUGAGGCCGCUGCUCGGGAAGAGAAACAGAAGGUCGCUGCCGAUUCAAUUUCUGUUGGCAGCCGCUGCCAGGUACAGGUCCCUGGGCAACCCACGAAGCUUGGCACGGUCAUGUAUGUUGGCACAGCAGAUUUCAAGCCAGGCCACUGGGUUGGUGUGAAGUACGAUGAGCCCCAGGGAAAGCACAAUGGAACUGUCGAGGGGAAGCAGUACUUCCAAUGUGAGGACAAAUACGGCGCAUUUGUGAAGCCUCUAAAUGUGACUGUGGGAGACUUUCCAGAAGAGGACUAUGGUUUAGACGAAAUGUAGGACUGUAUAGUUUUUCUGCCUCAAAACCGAAGCACCAGUUUCAAACUGUCACCCCUUCACCAAGCAGAGAAGAUAAAGAUUAAUUUUGUGUAAGCUUUUUUUUUUUUUGUGGCGGGGCUGUGCUUCUCUGGAAGGCAUGAUCCGAAGGCAUCUUCGACCCGAGUUCCCUUUCAGCUACUACAGUGCAACAUGACUGGUGGGUUAUUAUAUUAACACAGGAUUAUCACGAAAGAGGAGCUCACACUAACAAGAUUUCAGAAAGGAAAGAAAGUUUUUUUUUUGUUGUCUCUAAUCCAAUGUACCUCUAAUCAUUUUCUGUACUUGUUACUGUGAUGCAUUUUCAUGAGUCUUGUGUCUCUGUUCACAGUUUAAAAUUAAAUUCCUCCUUGUUUAGUUACUGUCAGUGUGUACAACGGCUAUUGUAUACAAGUGUGUGUUUUGCCAUUUAUAGGCUUUUUGAGGACUGUAAAUUGUUGACAGAUUGGUCUAAGGUUUUAAAAAGGUCUGUUGAAGGAAAAAUCUAAUCAAAAAUAAAAAAUAAUAAUAAAAAAAAACGUGCUUUGAUAUUUAAAUAAAGAAAAUGGCAUUGUUGCCUGUAUUCCUGACUAGUUAAAUUGGAACAUGAAUAUCUGUUUAACUCCUGUUUCAGGCUGUGAAAUGGAUUUCAAAUAUUCUAAAUAAUCCUCCAUUUCAAAUUACACUCUAAAGCUGCAUUUAUUUUUAUAUCUGCUGUUUCAUAUAAAUAUGAUCUAAUUCAUUCCUACAGCUGAGGUACAAUCUCUUUUUGCACUUAACUCAUUACCAGUCCAUUCAUCAAUAACUAGCAGGCCUUUUAGCGGAGAUGAUAAGUUCUGAAAUAGUUUGUUUCCAAACAUGUAGUGUAUUUAUAAAUGUGUGUUUUAGAUUUAAAAUGUACGGUCAGAUAGAUAUUGUUGACUCGAUGUUAGUGAAGCCAGGUCAGUGCAAGGAAAAGCAAACUUAGUUUACAUGUUUACCGCUCUUCCCAUUGUCAUUGUCAUCACAGCACUCCACUUCACAACGUGCAUUUCAAUUGAAUGGUACAGUUUGCUGAUGCAUUGUUUUUGGUCAGCCUGUUUUAUUAGUCCUCCAAAGUUUAAAGAAGAAAUGUAAAUGAACUAUCUUUGCCUUUUCCAAAUGUCGUGGAAAAUGUUGUGUUAUUCUCGUGUAAGGACUGAUGCUCUCUGAGGUGCUGGUGUAACUACUGUAUGUGCCAAAGGGUAAUACUCAAUAAUUAAACAAUUUACCAGUGCA